GGGUUUACGGCAACACGCUGGUCCUGUGACACAAACUUAAGACCCGUUCCCAGGCUGGAUAAGAACCGUCAUGUCGGAACCACGCCAGCCCAAAUGCUCCCGGUGCCGGAACCACGGCGUCUUCACGCGGAAGAAGGGCCACAGCAGGUGCCCGUUCUCCGGCUGCGAGUGCUGGAAGUGCGGCCUGCUGACCCAGCGGACCCAGGUCAGCGCGCUCCACCGGAACCUGGACCGGGCCCGAAACCACAAGACCGGCCCGGAACCGCCGCGACCCGGGCCCGGACCGGCUGCAGGACCCGGGGCUUCUGCGGGCGCGCUGGACCCGGAGAGGAUGGGAACCGAAGCCCGGAGCCGCCGAACCGAGCCGGGAGGAGAGCCCGGCUCAGACAGCAGAGAUGUUCCGAGCUGUUUGGUCCAUGUUGGGGAUUCAGGGCAGCCGGUUCCUCCUCCUCCUCCUCCUCCUCCUCAUCUGCAGCUCCUCUCUCCAACCUUCUCCUCCAGCAGCUUACCUUCACCUCCAGACCUCCUGCUCUACCUCCCAUGUUUGCCUCCAGGCCACGCUGGCCUCUAUGAGGGCCUCUGCAGACCCCUGAUGCUGCAGGAGGUCACGCACUACCCUGCUCUGCCAGCAGAGGACUGUAGGAUGAUCUUCUUCCCCUUCCAUCUUCCUCCUCCUCCUCCUCCAGACGGUUUCCUCGAUGCAUCUUCUGCAGCUUCUGCCUACAGAUACGGACCCUGAUGGACCGACCAGAGAUUCCCGUCAUGUUAUCACCCAGUUUGUUUUCCUGCACAUGUUGCUGUGACUUUCUGCCCAAAUCUAAUUUCCUGUUCAUGUUUGAUGAAAGUUUGAAGCUUUGGUUGCUGUAGAGCUUUAGCUCAGAGUUAACAGCUAGCAGUUUAGAUCAGAUAAAAGGACGCUACACCCCAUGUUCGCUACCUGAAAUAAAACGUGUUGUCUACAA